GGCAAACCUUCUUUCUCCGCUGAUCUCUCUGCCAAACCUUCUUUCUCAAUAAUUCAUCCUCUCAUUUCCCAGCUUCUUCACGCCUUUACAAACCCCCCCUUUGCCGCUCUUAUACUAACACUUUGCUCUGUUCCGCUUUUCCCAUUUCUUCCCCCUUUUGCUUUAUUCCCAGAUUUCUAUAACUGAUUCACUUCUACACACUCCAACCUCAUUGAUUCGUACUGUGUGAGGUAGGAGCAGAGCCAUGUCCAAGCAUUUGCUCCUUCUCUUUCUCUUAGCAUUGCCUUUUACCAAAUGGGUUCACGCCUUAAACCCCUACAAUCUCUCUGAUUCUACUCUCUUCGACUCUUAUGAAACUUCCUUUGCUGCUACCCUUACUCCUCUCAUGGUGGGACUCACUCUCAUUCAAGGAGCAGAUACAAAACAAGCAGUCUGUUUGGAUGGCACUUUGCCAGGAUAUCACCUGCAUCGUGGAUAUGGGUCUGGAGCAAAAAGCUGGCUUCUUCAAUUGGAGGGAGGUGGAUGGUGUAACAAUAUCAGGAAUUGUGUCUAUCGGAAAACAACAAGGCGUGGCUCGUCAAAAUUUAUGGAGAAGCAGAUACCAUUUACAGGAAUUCUGAGUAACAAAGCUGAAGAAAAUCCUGAUUUUUUUAAUUGGAACAGAGUGAAGGUUCGUUACUGUGAUGGCGCCUCUUUUACUGGGGAUUCAGAAAACAAGGCUGCACAGUUGCAAUUUAGAGGACAGCGGAUUUGGAUGGCUGCUAUGGAAGCAUUGAAGGCCGAGGGAAUGCGUUUUGCUGAACAGGCCUUGCUUUCUGGAUGCUCUGCUGGAGGUUUGGCAUCUAUUUUACACUGUGAUGAGUUUCGAGACUUAUUUCCCAAAACUACUAAAGUGAAAUGUCUGAGUGAUGCUGGAUUAUUCCUUGAUGUGACUGAUAUAUCUGGUGGCCACUACAUUAGAAACUUAUUUGGUGGUGUGGUGGGCUUGCAGGGAGCAGGAGGGAAUCUGCCAUCCUUCUGUAUGAACCAUCUGGAUCCCACUUCGUGUUUCUUCCCACAAAAUUUAAUUGCUGGAAUCAAAACCCCACUGUUUCUAGUGAACGCAGCAUACGAUUCCUGGCAGCUACAAUCUAGUAUAGCUCCACCUUCUGUGGAUCCGGCUGGGCAAUGGCACGAUUGUAGGCUGAAUUAUGCAAAAUGUAGCCAACCUCAGAUUCAAUUUCUUCAAGGAUUCAGGAACCAAAUGUUAGAUGCUGUUCGGGAUUUCUCAAAAUCUUCAGAAAAUGGGUUAUUUAUUAAUUCAUGCUUUGCUCACUGCCAAUCUGAGAGACAGGAUACAUGGUUCGGCGACAAUUCUCCUGUCAUCGGAAACAAGCCAAUUGCUCUGGCCGUUGGAGAUUGGUACUUCGACCGAGCAGCAGUGAAAGCAGUUGAUUGCCCUUAUCCUUGCGACACCACUUGCCACCAUCUGGUUUUCAGAGCCGCUUAGCUUAGCUUAGCCUCAACGGCUGGAUUCUUCAUUUAUUUCUCUCUUUCUGUCGUCAUGGAACCUGAACACAUACUGCAAUUUGAUUGAGAAGUCAAUAAACAAGGAAGAAGAAGCUGGUGAGAUCACAAAUCUGAUCUGCACUCCUUCUCAAACCUUGUUUCACCACACAAGAAGAUUAAACAGUUCCUCCAUUUGGAAAAGCAGCUUAGAACCAAAAUUAGAAACCACAUCUUUAUUAUUCAAUUCAAAGAAUUUCAAUA